AUGGCGGACACGGCGCCCAGCGGCCCAACCACAGAAUCCCACGUUCUCAACGUUGAGACAGACGAGGACACCAUCGCUGGUCGUACCCGCACCAAGUUUUCGCUUGUGGACGCGGUACCAGAGACAGAGGAAGACCGAGAAUACCAGCGAUUUCUGUCGAGUUUGCUGCCCAAUGAGCAGGUGAACUUAUCGUUCCUGGACGAAGAAGACGAGGAGUACAAACCGGAAGAAGAAGAGGACGACCACGAAGAUGAAGAGACUCGACGAGGCAUCUCCAAGAAGGAGCUGACCGAUCUGCUUCUGGACUCGACGCACAUGACGUUUCCAAAGCUACCGACUGCAAUUUCAGCGUCUCCAAUGAUGUUGAAUUUCUCCCAAAGUAUGCCUGCCGUGCUGCGUGGGAGACCAGGAGCUGUUACACAAGAGCAAUGCAUUCAACUGGCAUCUCAGAUGCAUAAGCAUUUGCAGCUGUUGCUGCAGAGUUAUCAUCUAUUGGCGAGCAAAGCACCUUCACCGGCCUUGGCGGAGUGCCGAGCGAUGAUUGAGGAGCUGCAGCAGCGAGGUGAGAAGGCGCUCAAGUACAAGAACGAGUUGCUCUCGAAAUUGAAUCCAGCGAUGACAGGGAGCUCUGGUGGAGCUAAUACUCCGUCAGCUAGUGACCCGUCUGGACCGGAAGGAAGCAGUGCCAACACUGAGAAUCUCUUGGCGGCGAGACGUGUGACGCGGUCACUGACGGCAGCUCAUGCUGCGGUGGCCCAUCCAUCGAUGUUCGAGCUGGUGGGAUCGCAAACGGUUGAUGAGCUCUCAGCUGGCUUUGCUCGAGGCUGCUCGCUUGAAGAACGUGAUCGUGCCAUCCAGGAGCAAAUGCUGCAACUGGACACCCACCUGCAGACAGCGAAGAAACGCCGGAAGAGCAAGAAAGGCUACUCGACGACUGAAGAUAUUUUACUGGCUCACGGAGCCAAACGAUGUGGUACGCAGGCGGACGCGUGGGAGAAGAUCCAGAAGCACUUCCUCCCGACCAAAACCAAACAGAAUAUACGACAUCGAUACAAGUAUUUGACCAGCCCGAAGAUUGCGAUGAAUGCUGUCAAAGCGCUGCAUUUGAAGUCGCAGCCACAACAUCACAGCAACAGCUGGCUACUUGAAGAGGAUCUCCGGAUCGCGCGUGGUCUCGCUGAGUUACACAAGGAAAAACAUCACUUUGCUCGUCUGGCUACAAAUUACCUCCCGCAUCGCAGUCGUCUCGAGAUCAGGAAGCGAUGGGAGCGGCUUGCGGCGAAAUUCCGAUCUGAUCUGGCAGAAAUCGGUUUGACGGCACCCGAAGAUGACUCGCUUGAUCUUGCAGUAGCUAUGAAGGAGUAUUUAGAAGACAAGUUACGACAUCGGAUGCUGCGUCAGAGAGGGGAGGCAGAGAAGGCAAAGCUGGAUGCUGCGUUACAGCUGCAGCAACUUGGUCAAGGUAUGCGGGGCAGUAUUAUGGGUCAAUCUGCAGGUGACUCGACGAAGAACCUGCAUCCAGCUCUGUUCUUCUCGUCGUGGUCGUUUAUAAGCCCCGCUACACUCCUGAACUCAACUUGCAAGCACAACUGGCCAUCUUUUAUGGAUGAAGGCAAUGAUGCCAAGGAUAAAAUACCGAAGAAUCAGGGCGACGGUGGACUUAUGCCGAUUGCGAUGCCGUCCGAUCUUGCGACCACCGAAGAAGAGGAAGAUGACAGUGACUAUGAGCAUGACGAAUUGCUAUCGUCCGAGAACGAAGGGAGCGACUCGGAUUUCGAGCAGAUGGAAUUUACCGAUGACGACGAUGAAGGUGGCGAGGACGGAGAAAACGAAGCCAGUGGUGAUACAUUUGAGCCGGAAACGUUGGUGUCUGACUCCGAUGAUCAAUCUAACCUGAGCCAGCCUGGCAAUGAACGCAUAAAACGCGCUCUAGCUGCGUUGGAGCGACGAAUUGUCGGUAAGAGCGUGAAUGGUGCUACCGCUUCUUCCUCGGUCUCGACAUCUGGGCCAAGUAAACGUGCAAAGCGUAAAGUGACGUCCACGCUUGUUGCACCUCUUGCCGUCACAGUGACGGGUAGCGAUGGAGAUGAAGACGAUGACGAUGACUGGAAAAACGGAUCCGGAGACGAGGAGUUCGAAGUUGCGAAGCUGCAGCACUGUCCGACUUGUGGCCACAGUACUUGCACCUGCUCGUCCAGUGAGCGAAUGGAGUUGCUCUUACGGCGCAUGAAGGAGAAGCGUUCUUCGUCCUCGUUGCAGUAA